AAUGAACACAAAAAUAAAAAUAAAUAAAUGAAAUCAUCAAAACUGCAAUAAAAUAGCCUGAGUUGCAGCUGGUAGAGGAAAAAUCAAACUUAUUUAAUACACGGUGGAGAAAAUGGGUGCGUGAAAUGGCAGCAGAAGUCAGAAAUUUCUCUUCGACGAACGCAACUAUUCCCGCGCUUUCAUCAAAGGAAAGACCACGUGAUAAGUUGAAUGCCAUAGAAAAUAUCGACCAAUCAACAAACAGUUUUCAGUUGCUCUGAAGAGAACUGCAUAAUAUCGAUGUUCACAGCCUGUCGACGUUCGUAGCUGCAAAAAAUGGGCAUGUCGUCUCUGUUUUCCGUUGACACUAGCUAAAUGGAUCACGAGAAUGCCAAAUAAAGGGAAGAAAGAGAAGGCUUCCAAAAGUGGGGGAAAUGCUAAACAAGCGAAUAAAGAAAAUGGAGACGCUGUCAGUGACGAGGCAAAGCCAAAGUCUCAGCCUGUUUCUCAUCCUCCGAGUCAAGCAGUGAAGCUCAGGCAAUAUGCAAAUGGACCGUCAAUUAUGAGGAAGGAGAAGCGGCAAAGUUCGUCGUCUUUCAAUGUGAGCGACAAUCGAGAGAUAGUGAAAUUGCCUCCUUUGAAAGAUGCACCACCAAAUGAAAGGGAACAGCUUUUUAUUCAAAAGAUUGAGCAGUGCUGCAUUUUGUUCGAUUUCGCCAUGGAUCCUCUCAGUGACCUUAAGUACAAAGAAGUUAAGCGAGCAGCACUCAAUGAGAUCGUUGACUUCAUUACACACAACAAAGGUGUUAUCACAGAGCCAAUUUAUCCAGAAGUAACUCGCAUGUUUGCUGUCAACACAUUCAGGACUCUACCACCACCGUCUAAUCCUAAUGGUGCAGAAUUUGAUCCAGAAGAAGAUGAGCCUAAUUUAGAAGCUGCUUGGCCUCAUCUACAGAUUGUCUAUGAAUUAUUCCUGAGGUUCUUGGAGUCACAAGACUUUCAGCCAGCAUUGGCCAAGAAGUUUAUAGAUCAAAAAUUUGUUAUGCAGCUUCUUGACCUCUUUGAUAGUGAGGAUCCAAGAGAACGAGAUUUCCUCAAGACAGUCCUGCACAGAAUCUAUGGCAAGUUCCUUGGACUUAGAGCAUAUAUCAGGAAACAUAUAAAUAAUAUAUUUUACAGAUUUAUAUGUGAAACUGAGCAUCAUAAUGGGAUUGCAGAGCUACUGGAAAUUCUCGGAAGGUAG